GCUGGCUGCCGUGGGACUGAGAGGACGCCAGCUGCGCGCGGUGGGAACGAUGGCAGACGAUCAGGACCAUGUUGGGGAGCAGGGAGCUGGGGAUUCAGCAAAUGACUCAGUGGAUGCCAAGCCAGAUCGGUCCUCCUUUGUGCCAUCACUCUUCAGUAAGAAGAAGAAAAAUGUCACAGGACAAUCAGUUAAGACCACACGGGACCGAGUACCUACCUAUCAGUAUAACAUGAACUUUGAGAAGGUGGGCAGGUGCAUCAUCAUAAACAACAAGAACUUCGAUAAGGUGACAGGUAUGGCGGUCCGAAACGGAACCGACAAAGACGCCGAGGCCCUUUACAAGUGCUUCCGGAGCCUGGGUUUUGACGUGGUCGUCUAUAACGACUGCUCUUGUGCCAAGAUGCAAGAUCUGCUGAAGCAAGCUUCUGAGGAGGACCAUUCAAAUUCAGCCUGCUUUGCCUGCAUCCUGUUAAGCCACGGAGAAGAGAAUCUAAUUUAUGGAAAAGAUGGCGUGACCCCAAUAAAGGAUUUGACAGCCCAUUUUAGGGGGGAUAGAUGCAAAACCCUUUUAGAGAAACCCAAACUCUUCUUCAUUCAGGCUUGUCGGGGGACAGAGCUGGAUGAUGGCAUCCAAGCCGACUCCGGGCCCAUCAACGACACAGAUGCUAAUCCCCGGUAUAAGAUCCCAGUGGAAGCCGACUUUCUCUUCGCUUACUCCACAGUUCCAGGCUAUUAUUCUUGGAGAAGCCCGGGAAGAGGUUCCUGGUUUGUGCAGGCCCUCUGCUCCAUCCUGGAGGAGCACGGGAAAGACCUGGAGAUUAUGCAGAUCCUCACCAGGGUGAACCACAGGGUGGCCCGGCACUUCGAGUCUCAGUCGGAUGAUCCACGCUUCCACGAGAAGAAGCAGAUCCCGUGCGUGGUCUCCAUGCUUACCAAAGAACUCUAUUUCUCUUAGUAACCGUUCCAGGGUGCAUUCUAGUUCAGAAGCUAUGGAUCAUUUGUCGAUGAAUCAGAUGUUUUUUAAUGCUCUUAAAAUAUCCGGAAAAUCCACGGGAUUUUAAUUUCAGGAAAAUUUAUUGAUUCAACAGGGAAGAAACUUUCUGGUGCUGUUGUUAUGUUCUCUGAAUUUUCAGAGACUUUUUUUUUUUACAAUGUUAUUCCCCGGAUGACUUUGUAAUUUCCUCUUAGGGUUAAUUUUCUCUUCGUAUUUCUUUCACUUUGUUAUUGCACUUAGUACAUGCAACCAAAGUGACCUCUGGAGAAGACCGAUGGCUUUGUCCACUGUAAUUGGUGGUGACACUGGUAGAGAGUCAGAGUUGGAUCUGCACUUGGCAAAGACAAUCCCAGUGUUUGACAGAAUAGCCAAUAUUGGCCUAUAUUGUAGAAAGUGGGUAUUGAGUGUGACUUGAGUGAUUUUUUUAUUGGCUUAGGGCAGAUUCUCAUGCAUACAUUUCUCACCUACAUUAGAGGAGAAAACAAAUCUAAUGAUUCAUAUGUAUCAGUCUGGAAAAUAGAAAUGUUUAGGUGUUUCAGUAGAGGGAAUUUUUAUUUUAU